UCGGACUGGAGCCAGGUUAGCUCACUGGUUGUGAUCUGAAAUAACUUAUUUCCACCUCACUGGACAGUAUUUUGUUGGUGAUUUCAUGCAGGUGUGAGUGUGAAAAGACAGCUUUGAAAGCACUUUUCACUUCACCGUAUCAUACGUCACAGUGCUGACCUGGCCAGUGAAUAGGAUCGGGAAAGCAGUCUGAAUAUGAAUCCAUAUUAUUGUGCCUGGUGGGAUUGUGCUUGAACUUUAUUUUUUGAAAAUGUGUUUGGAUUUUUAUACGAUGGAUACAUGAUGCAGGUGGUUUGUUUUGAAAAAUUUGUUGCUGUGGAUUAUUUUAGAAAUUUGAAACAACUGAGUGGCUGGAACAGCUCUGCGGAUGCACUAAUGUGGGUGUUGGGACAGUGGAAGGAUGCUCCCCAAUAAUUGGUUUAGGAAACAGACUAUAGUUCUUCUGGCGGGGCUUACACUGUGCUGUGAAUUAUUCCUGAGGUAUGCACUGCCUUGAGUGACACAGAGAAACAGAAUCUGCCGACUACCAGAGGAGUGAAGCGGCACAUCCAGGCAGGAAGCUUCUGUCAGAAUGCCCCCUCCCCGAGUGUUUGGUUGGGUAGUAGCUUCUUCCAAUCCUCCACACAACUGUGGCUGCAAUUGAGUACUACUACGCUGCCACCAUUCAUGAGGCGAUGUGCAUCCCACUUCUGACAACAGUUGGGGAACUGUCCUAUAUCCUUCAAUUACACAGAACAGGCAGGGACUAAUAGAGGAACUAAAGGCGUUUAUCUUAGUGAGACUUUUUUUACUGCACUAUGGGCUGUUAUCACAGGCAGUGAAGGAUUACUGGUCAGUCUCAGCUAGGAUUUCCAUGUCAUACAGGCCAUCCCUGGUAGGAUGUUUGUUGGAGAGAGUCUCCUGACCAAGCAGUAAUGGCAACAAGUGGCCCUGUGUCUGUGUUAGAUAGUGGUAGAAGAGAAGCUGCUGGAACAUUGAGGGACAGAGUCACCCGGCGGCGGAGUCCGGCACGCUGUGCCAGUAGGUCCUCUAUUCAUGAAUUACAACUUAAUGAGCUUCAAGUGAAUGACUUUGAUAUAGAUUAUAGGAUUCCACAGCCGUACAGAACAAGUUUCAGUGCCACCCAUUCUGUGGAGAAGAAGGUAGGACGAAGCAGAUCCUUAAGUCCUUCAUCUAGUCUGAGGAGUGGAAGAAGGCCCAAAGGAGCCAGAAGUAGGUCCAAGAGUCCAAAGCGAGUGACAUAUGACACGAGAGUCACUGUGCGCCACUCGGAUACAGAGGAUAGUAUGUUCACAGAGCUUUCUAGUCAUGAGUUUGAAUCUAGUCCACAAAGUUUGACAAUCAAUUCGCAUCCAAAUAAAUUGAACACGUCAAUACGAUCUGCUGAUUCUGGGAUUGAUUAUUCUUCCCAGCUGCGGGACAUCUCUCAACAGAUAUACAAGAUGGAUUGGUCCCCACAUAACACGCUCGACAAAUCAAGUCGCCAUCCCCACGGGAUUCUGAAGGACAAACAAAACUCAGUCAAUGUGUCUCCUGUGUCUCCCGUGUCUCCCCUGUCUCCUGUGUCGCAUGAUAGCAUACAGGUCUCCCCGCAGAGUCCUGUGUCAAUUGAUAUUGGGAACAAAGAGAACAGUCCAGAUGGUUCAGUGAGUAGAACAGGAGAUACUGACAAGAGAAGGAUUAUCACGAAGGAAUAUUGCUAUGACCGGACCAUAAGCUACAGGAUUGCGGUACAGGAGGAACCGUCAGAUGAACAUAUCGGGGAGGAGAUUGUUGAUGGUAAGCCUCCCAAAGACAAAGGUGUUAGGAAAGAGAGGUCCAAUACUCUGCCAACACAGAACCUGGAAAAUGGGCAGCUCUCCCCAAUGAAGAAGAGUGUCAGCACCAGUAUUAGCAAUUUCUUCCGGAAGAUUUCACCGAGACUUGGAAGAAAGAACAGCAAAGACAGAUCAGGCAAGUCCAGCUCGGCUAGUGGGAGUGCACAGAGUCUGGCAGUAAGUGAUGGGGCGUCAGAUGGUCAUGAAAACGAUCGCUUCUCUAGGAGUAAAGUCAGAAGGUCAUUCAUGAAGCUGAUCGGCAGAUCGAAAUCCAGGUCAAAAACUCGUGGAGAUUCUGGCCAGAUUUCACCACAAACAAAAGAAGGUCAUGGCUUACCAGAUGCAAAUCCAGACCAUAGCGGGCCUGUUACCCCAAAACAGCAACAGCUUCCUCAGUCAACCAACAGAUUGAUGAAAUCCAUUGAGCGCAACUCUUUGUCAGAGAGAGAUGUAUAUUCAAAGUUCAAAGAGAAGCAGUCGCCUAACAGACCUAAUGAGGUAAGCCCUGGAGGAAGUAAACCUCUUGCUGUUCGCCCAGUGCAAGAUUCAGCUAAUGAGUCUGGUUACAACAGUUCCAGCAUCACUGUGGACAGUGGGCAUAUCUCGGACUCAACAUAUCAGUUGGAGCAGGAGAGGGGCAAGCCCAACCCGCCCAAGUCGCUAGACGUCAUGCCGCCAAGGGCAGUCAAGGCAUUGCAGACAUCGGUCAUCAGCAGCAUAUCAGGGGAUGAGUCCAUUGGGGAGUGUUCCCUUGAUGUCAAUCUCACAGGAAAGGGAAGACCGUCUCAGAUGGAAGAUACACCAGCAAGUGAACCGUCCCUCCUCAGCCAGUCUACAAGCUCAAGACAGGCUGUGAUUGGCCAGGAGUCUUCAGAAGGGACCAUACUUUCGGACACCAGUUCAAGCAACAGAGGCAAGGACAAGGGAUCCCUGAACAAUGUUCUGACAGAGAGUGACAAGGAGAAUGCCAUACCGGACCUCAAGUCACCAUCACUUACCAACUCCUGGGACCUCUCCCCACAAGACCCCAACCGGAAACCUUCGUAUUUGAAAAUAAGUUGUGCGGUUAGCGGCUAUGGCCGAUACAGUCAGUACUCUUCCUAUAAAAACAUAGAGAAGCGUUCCCCUUUUUCUAGUACAUCGUCCCUCCGCUCAAUCCCAAGUUCACCGGAUAUGCCGUCCGUACAGAGUCCCAGUGAGGACAGGACUCGUGAUGAGUGUUUGCGAUCAGCUCUUGGACAGACACUGCAGAGCCCUCUUGUGGCCAAUGGACAGUCGACGAAAAAUGGAAGUAUACUAAAUGGACAUGGUCAAGUGUAUCCCACAGGAGAUAAAAUCAAGGAUGGGGAGUACUACCUGCAGGCCACCCAGCUGGAGGAGGACAGACUUCAGUCCUUGUGUGACCAGGCCAACACAGAGCUCAAGGAGCACAUACUGCCAGAGGAAGUGUCGGGUAGAUUGCGGGCAGCUGUUGGCAAGGGCAACUUGUUAGUCACACAGAAGUUUCAGCAGUUCAGGGACUUGUGUUCACAACACAUGUGCCCCAAGGCUGGUGAGAAAGAGACGAAGUGGGAGGAUCUGCAAGGAUUCUGGGAUAUGAUCAAGAUACAGGUGGAUAGUGUAGACGACUUGUUUGCUGAGAUUGCGCUAAUGCGGCAAAACGGGUGGAAGGAGAUUCCACGACAACCAUCACGGAGAAGCUCCGCAAGUUCUAGUCCAAAGUCUGGCAGUCUGUCUCAGGGUAGCACACCCUGUCACACACCAGGAUCAAAACGGAAAGGGUUGAAAACAAAAGAUACACCCGAGUCUUCCCCAGAGAGAGUACAGAAGGCACGUCUUGCCUCAAAAGCUCGAGAUGACGCAAGGAAAAAGAUGCUGGCUGAGAAGAGGGCUGCGAUGAAACAGCAGCAGGCAAACCAGGAAGUAGAAAUCUACAUGCCUGAAAACACGAAAAAAUGACAAGAAGAGUAACCGUUUCCUGUUGAGAUUAUUGUGUACAUCAACAACUACUUCAUAUGUAUAGUUACCAAAUAUAUGAGACUUCCAAACAAGAUGGCAUUUAUAUAGGAAAUGUGUAUCAUAGGUAUAGUGUAUACUUAUGGAGAAGUACAUUCAUACCAAGUGCAAUCAUAUUUCAUGUCUUGCCUAGUCACCAUCUAGCAACCCUUACUUCCACGUUUCGUGCCUUUUUUUCGUUGACAAUUGUAGAUAGUUGACUUUGUGGAGUAAGGGUGGCUGGGGUUGAAACGAUUAGGUGAAAAUCGCUCAUGAUCUUUUGGGCCAAAAGCCUCAGGUGGAUGAUGAAAUCAACAACAUCUUCAUAUUUUCAGAGUCGUUCCAUAUCCACAAAAUAUUUUCAAAUAUUGAUGCAAUCACAAGUGUGUACUUGAUCAGGUAUGAACUGUGUGAGGAUACAAAAAUCAUUGUUCUUUCGUCUUUGUACUAUGUGAAAAUGAACUUUUGUAUUUGAAAGGCUUUUGGCUCCAAGUCAAAUCAUUAACGUUUACUUGCAAUGGUGCGUUUCUGUGUGCAUAUAUUUGGUUUAAUUUGUCUUAAGUCAAUUUUGAAGGUGCACAUUAUGAAACUUUGUUAGCCUACAUAUUAUGCAAUCUGCUGAACAUGCUUACCAGAACUAUGCCUUGUUACUAUCAUUAUUAUGAUGUGUAUUUUUUGCAUUUGUUAUCGCAGUAUUCAAAAUGAUAAUGACAGUGGAAAAUAUUGUUACAGAUUUCUAGUUGGCAAGGGAUGUGGCCUCACUUGAAUUUGAAGCAUUUCUUUUGUUCAUGUAAAUACGCAACUAAAAUUAUACUGGAGUACACAAUGUUAAUAAGGUUAAAGCUGUAAUAAAUUAUAAGAUUUUUAUCCCCGCCUGGCUCACUACAUCAUUUUUUUGUCAUUAUAUAACAAGACUACUGCUAGAUGUGUCCCCUAAUGGCUUCACUACUUGAAAUACACCAUAAACAUUGUCCUACAAAACAUUCAUGCUUCAUGAAAAUCACACCCCUGUGUGUAUCUCACUCACACACACACACACACACACACACACACACACACACACACACACACACACACACACACACACACACACACACACACACACACACACACACACACACACACACACACACACACACACACACACACACACACACACACAAAUAAUUGGUUUACAGUUUUACAUCCCAUCCGCCUCACAUUUGAAAAUAAAUUAGAUGAAUAUUUAAUGAUUAUUUGUGUGGCCUGAAGAAAAACACAUAUGUGAUUGCACUGAAAUACUUUUUACUUGAUGGAAUGUUAUUAACUAGAUAUGUACCAAUAUACCACUGUCACAAAAUAAUGUGUACAUAAAGAAUUUUAUCUGAACUCUUGUCAGCUACCGUACAGCGAUCGGGCCAUAUAUCAACACUAUUUAUUUGGGAUAUUUUAAAGUUAUGCUAGCGCAUUAUUUCAUUUGGAAGAAAUGAGCGUUUUUGGUUAUUGUUUUGUAUUGUAUUUGUAGGCAUAUUUUCAUGUACUUUCUCUAUUUAUUGUGCAAGUGUUGAUACAAUGAAAUAAUUUAUGCCAGUAUAGGCAAUGAUUGUUUAAAGGUGCUCUUACAUCUCAAGGUUGUCUCUAUAAUUCCCAUCACAGUAUUGUUUUGUUGUACCAUCUUUAAUGCCAAGAAAUUCACAAAACCUGCUAGGAAUACACCUGCUACUUCAAAAACAAGGGCAAGCAACCUGGCGUGGUAUUAUAUUUUUAUGACCUUUCCUUCGGAUAUGGAUGUAUUACCUCCCCUCGAUCAGUUUCCUUACAAAAAGUUACUUCCCCUUGGUAACUGUCAAUUUCAAAAUUCAUGAUUUCCUUCACAUCUGAAAACAGUUUUUGAUAUUUCACGAUUGAUAAGAAUUAUGACAUUCCCUUGGCAGAGAGUUGAAAUGAAAAUUUAAUUUAAGACCAUGAAAGCUUUGUUAAAUUGAGCACACAAGGACAGCUACAUUGUGUUUGAGGAAAUAUGUUGUGUUAGUAUCAAGGCAGCAAUAAUGUGAUGGAAAUUGUGUAGAUAAGCUAGGAGAGAAUCAAUAUCAUGUACGUAUCCUGAAUUUUCAUGUAAAAUGUACAUAUAUUUUCAUUAUGAGCGUAUAACCCUUCCAGUUAGCACAUACUGGGACCUACACCAGUCAAUAUAUUUAUGAUACUUUCAUGUCUCAGUUUCAUACAAAAGUGGAGUGACAAUUGGCUUGUCAAACACAUACAUGUAGACUGUACUAGCAAAGUAACCAGUACAUUUCAUGUUAUUAAUUGCAUAUAACAUGCAUGUUAAUGACAAGUCUACCAGCAAGUGAUAUUAAUGUAUUAUCUGUUCUAAAGGUUUGGGGUGAUUCAGACUGCUAUACCACCAUUGACAAUUGACAAGUCAAACUGAAAAAUUGAUUUUUAAUAACAAGGAAAAUAUCACUGCUUAUUACAAGCCAAAGAUAUUUAAGAAAUUAUGACAUUGCUUGUGCACAUCUUUGACACAAAAUGCCAAAUUGUUCGUUUGCUUCCAAACAGAUAGACUAUCAAAGUUUCUGCACAAAUUAUACCGAACUUACAUGAGAAGCAAUUAAUAGAAACAUAUUUGAUUAUUUUUCUAUUCCCAAAGUUUUUCUGUUUUAUUAUGAAAAUUGGUUUUGCAAUAAAGUGAUACAAUAUCACAGUCUAACUGAUAUAUAAAAAUAAUUAUCCCACCUAUAUAUGUGAAAGUGAUAAUCACAGGAGGUGCCAGUCAUGUUGGCAAGGACAAAAUAUAAACAAUAAGGAAUGUAUUACCAACAGGUAAAGCUUGUGUAACUAUCCAUGCUGACAGAAACAGACCUGGAAUAUUGUUAACUUGUAUCGACUAUAUGACCAAAUUUUGUAUGGUGAUGUUAAAGUGGUUUACAAGUACUAGACUUACAGAAUGUAGAUUCUUGUAUUGUUGAUCAGUGUUUGUGACAUGUGGCUUUUUAAUCAAUGGAUGAUUUCUUUGCCCAUAAUUUGUUACCAACAUGGUAAGAUUUGUUGACGAACGUUUCCAUACUGAAGUGGGACACGACGUUUUGGAGCCUGGGAAGUUGCCUGGUUUGUAAAAACAAUGAUCAUAACUACAAAUGGUCAAAAAUAUAUGCAGAACAUGCCUGAAAUAUCCAAACUGGAUACCAACCUAAAAUAGUUAGUUUUGAUUUAGUUGUUUUGGUCAUCAACCUGAAUAUUUGAAAUCAUUGUUUGAUGAAGUUUUGCCUUAUAAUUGUACAGUAAAUCUUUCAUCAAGGGUUUUGAAAUUCUUGAGAGAAAGAUGCAUUUUUCAUUUGUUUAUUGGAUUGACAUGUUCACAUUGCAGGCUUUCAUGUCAUGAUUACGUUGCAAGGAGUACACUGUAAAACUUGGGAGACAAUUCAUAAUUAAUUAAAGGCCUUGGAAACAAAGAAAUGACAUACAGUAUUUUGCUAAUGAAUCUCCAAGCUUUUAAUAUUGUGCAGUUUGAUAUGCAUGUCAGAAUAAAAUGAAAUGAGAAAAGAGCA